CCUGCGUGACAGGCGAUGCGUUCCACCCCAUGACUCCUGACCUCGGCCAAGGAGGCUGCUUGGCCUUGGAAGAUGGAGUCGUGCUGGCCAGGUGCUUGGCGGAAGCUCUCUGUGGAGGAGGAAAUGGUGAGGAGGAGCAAAAUCGCAGGGUUGAGGUAGCGCUGAAGGAGUACGAGAAGGCUCGGAAAUGGAGAGCCUUCAGACUUGUUGUUGGUUCAUUUGCGUUUGGAUUCGUUCAAGAAAGUGGCAACUGGUUUCUGCGUCUGGUGAGAGAGAGACUUUUGCCUGGUUUCUUGGUGGACCGGCUGUUCAUUGCGGGGAGCUUCGAUUGCGGCCAAUUGUAAUCUUAAUUAUUGUGC